AUCGUCCGCUGCGUCCCUCCCUCCUCUUCCCUCUUCCGCCUCCUCUCUCUCUCUCUCUCUCUCUCGGCUCUCGCUCUCAGACGACUGCUGGGCAGCCGCCGCCCUAGGCCAGGUGCUGAGGCUUUCCCUGGUCUCUUCGCCGUCGACGAGCACCCACCAGUAGGUACUUGAUUGGACGAGCCAUGGACAGCCUGUGGCAUCUGGGGGACGAGCUCCGUGGGCAACCGAAGGUGGUGGAGGACCGCCAGUGGUCGCUCAUGACGUCCAAGCUGGCGGAGAUCACCAGGUCCAAGGGCGAGAGGAUGAACGACCUCGACUACGCCAGGAUGAACACCGUCCCUGACGCCAAGCAGUGGGACAAGACGUCCUUCCAGCAUCAUGACCAGAGCAGGAUGGACCACAUCAAUCUCGGCCUCAUGAACCUGGAUCUCAAGAUGAACGAUCUCAAGAUGAACGAGGCCCCCACCGCCAUGAAGCUCCCCUUCCACAACAUGCCCUAUAACAUGAACCCAAUGUACCCCAAGGGGAGCAAUGCCAAUGUCAAUGUCAAUGCGUUCAAGAUGAAUGUUGGGGUGAACAAGUACUCCAAUAGUCCUAACGGGAAAGACGCCAAUGGGAAAAACAAUGGCGGCAGCAACAACAAUGGAGGAAACAGCAAUGGGAGCGCAAACGGCAAUUCUGCAGUUGACAAGCGCUUCAAGACAUUGCCAACAAGUGAGAUGCUACCGAGGAAUGAAGUCCUUGGUGGAUACAUCUUUGUCUGCAACAACGAUACCAUGCAGGAGGAUCUCAAGAGGCAGCUUUUUGGAUUGCCAGCAAGAUAUCGUGAUUCAGUCCGAGCAAUUACUCCUGGCCUGCCUCUUUUCCUCUAUAACUACACAACCCACCAGCUUCAUGGGGUAUUUGAGGCUGCCAGCUUUGGUGGGUCUAAUAUCGAUCCCACUGCAUGGGAGGAUAAGAAGUGUAAAGGUGAAUCUAGAUUCCCAGCUCAGGUGAGGAUCCGCAUUAGGAAGCUUUGCAAGCCGUUGGAAGAGGAUUCCUUCAGGCCAGUUUUGCACCAUUAUGAUGGCCCAAAGUUUCGCCUUGAGCUCUCUAUCGCGGAGACCUUGUCGCUGCUAGACCUAUGUGAGAAGGAAGGUAUCUGAGCUGUUGGGGAGGUGGUUGCCUUGUGAGCUUCUAGUAAAUAUCAAUCAUCCUUGUAUGUUUUGUGGAUGGUGGUUGGUUGGCAAUGUUGUUUAUUUUAGCGAAAGCUGCUGCUGGUUUUGUUUUCCCUACCCUGGAUGAAAGCAAGGACCUGGUACUUGGAAGGCCCCCUCAAACAAGCUGUGAGCCUGUCAGUGUACUGCGUUGUGUCUGUCGUCGUCAAGAACCAAACCAAUCUUGGACCGACUGAGAGUUGGAGUGUGUAUGUUUUGCUGUCUAUCUACAUGUGUUAGUAGAGUGGGUAUACCUGGGCAGAAUGGGUCCUCAAAAGAUGGGGGGCCUAUCUGUAUACUAUGUGUAAUGGUUAAGAUGCAUGCGGCCCUAAGUAAGGGCUGGUGAUGUCGAUGCUGGUGCUCCUGGUGUGUAUUUUGUACUCUGUUGUACCUUGAACCUCCUUUGCAUUUGCCUUAAUGCUGCUGCUUUUUGCACUGUCA